AUGGCGAACGCCAGCGAGCUCGAAGAGACCAACAGCUCUCUUCAGAAUUACGCCAUCACCGCCUCGGCCGUCAAGCUGGCUUCCCUGGGCUUGAUCAUCUGCAUCAGCCUGACCGGCAACCUGCUGCUCUCCUUCCUGCUCUUCAAAGAACCAAGCUUGCACCGGGCUCCCUACUACUUUCUCCUGGACCUCUGCCUGGCCGACGUCGUGCGCUCGCUGCUCUGCUUCCCGUUCGUCAUGAUCUCCAUCAGCAGCGGCUCGGCGUGGACCUACAGCUUGCUCAGCUGCAAGAUCAUCGCCUUCGCCGCCGUCCUCUUCUGUUUCCACGCCGCCUUCAUGAUGUUCUGCAUCAGCAUCACCCGAUACAUGGCCAUCGCCCACCACCGCUUCUAUUCCAAGCGAAUGACGGUGUGGACUUGCGUGGCGGUCAUCUGCAUGGUGUGGACCCUGUCGGUCGCCAUGGCCUUCCCGCCAGUUUUCGACGUGGGCACCUACAAGUUCAUCCGUGAGGAGGAGCAGUGCAUCUUCGAGCACCGCUACGUGAAGGCCAACGACACCCUGGGCUUCAUGCUGAUGCUGGCGGUUAUCAUCGCCGCCACACACAUGGUCUACGUCAAACUCAUCUUUUUCGUGUACGACCAUCGCAAGAUGAAACCCGCUCAGUUGAUCCCGGCCAUCAGCCAAAAUUGGACGUUUCACGGGCCGGGCGCCACGGGCCAGGCGGCCGCCAACUGGAUCGCUGGUUUCGGCAGAGGGCCCACGCCCCCGACCCUGGUGGGCAUCCGGCAGACCACGCACAACCAGAACAAGAGACUGCUCGUCUUGGAUGAGUUCAAAAUGGAAAAGAGAAUAGGCAGGAUGUUCUACAUCAUAACCGUGCUCUUCCUGCUGCUGUGGUCGCCAUAUAUUGUCGCAUGUUACCUGCGGGUCUUUGUCAAAGCCAGUACCAUCCCCCAGGUCUACCUGACCGCCGCAGUGUGGAUGACAUUUGCCCAGGCGGGGGUCAACCCGAUCUUGUGCUUUAUCUUCAACAAAGAGCUGAGGAUUUGCUUCAGAACCCACUUCCCUUGUUUUCAAAGCACACAGACGCCCAGGGAAGCUUACUGCGUUAUUUAAAAGACAUUUGAAGAGUAGAAAGACACCGCCUUUUCUUAACUUGAAAGAAAAUCCGCAAGGGAACUCGUAAUAAUGUAUGUGCAGGCGUUUGGCGGAUUAAUCUUUGUCACAGAACAGUCAACUGCACUGGUUUCUGUUUACAUUGAAGAAGUGCGAGACGCUGAGUCAAGUGUUUUGAGGACAAGCCAAUUUCUCUGGAAUACGAAUUCAUGGAGGCCACUUUAUUAUUAGGAUCUCUAACGUCGUCUCCACGUUGGCUCCAGUUUGAUACAAAUUUUACUGAUUGCUUAAAAACGUAUUGAUCAGGGAAUUCAAACACAAUUAAGCACUUUCCCAAUCUCAGAGUGUUUUACAAUGAAUGAAUUUAAUAUUUGUUCCUAGUUGUGUUGCUCUUUACACAGGGCAGUGAAUUAUUAAUAAUAUCCAGACGGAAAAAAGCAAACUGGAGUGUAAAAAUUGUACAAAUCAUAAUUUCAGUGACACUAUUCACCCUUCCCACUCCAAUUUAAGAACUUUGUAUGAUUGUACUUUCCUUUUGAUAUUUUCUUAGCUUGUUUCUCUGCAUUGUAAUAUACUGAAAAAUGUUUUGACCUUUAAACAUUACUUUUUGCAAUUUCAUAUCUUAAUGUGCAUUUUACAAACUGUCUUUGAAAAACAAAUGUCAAUUUUACAUUUCUUUCUCUAGCUGAUUGUAAAUAAGUCUAAUAGUGUUAGCUGUAGUUAUUGUCAUACAAAAUUAUCAAAUUAGUAAGUUAUACUGUACUCAUUUGAUUGAAUCAAAAUGGUAGCUCUUUUUCUCUUGUACAUUUCCACUGUUUUUACUUGAAAAUAAAUUUAUUAAGCAGAAGGGUAGUUUUCUCUUCACAAUGAAAAAUCAAAUUAAUGGAUCUCACAUAAUGUACUUUGGGUGUUUUGGUAAGAGUAGCAGUCAAUUGCACGAUAAGGUAUUUAAGUGGAAUAGGAGAAGCAGAGGUGCAAAGUCUCCUUAUUGAUGUGUAAAGAUUGACAAUUAUGAAUAAACAUGCAAGUUGUUGAAAGAAGGGAACCAAAUCCAAGAAACUGUUGAACAUUCACAUGAAAUGAAAAAAAGUUAUUUUACUUUUAAAGUUGCUUUUUUAAAAAAUUAACAUUGGUUUUAAUUGAAUGGAGGAACGGGCUCGGGGCUGAAUGGCCUAAUCCUGUUCCUAUGUUCCUUUCAAAUAGCAUAGAAACUGGCAAAGUUGGUGAAAUGCAACUAAAUCUCCAUCAGCUGCCAAACUAUUAUGCAACAAAUGACAUCCAAAAAUUACCUACACAUACCAGGUAAAUGCUACCAAAACAUAGUUAGUUUGUUAAGUUUAUUGCUGACAUUGGAUUGCAAAUACUUAACCGGACAAAUGAUUUGGAUUAGCAUUCUACUAAUGCUCCCAACACAUGGGACAACAGCCUUUGAUAUAAGUGUGUUUUAUUUAAUUGGGUUGUACAACCUGUGAACCCACAGUGUAACAAUCUGAAAUGAUACAACUCUGUCCCAUAAGUUAGUGCAAUUAAAUUCAUCAUUUUCCUUUUGUUAAUGUGAAAAUGAAAGGUAAUUUUUCAAAAUGAAAACUUUAAUUCUCUAUUUGGCAUGUUGGAACCCUGUCACAAAGUUGAAAAAAAUAAAGGUUAUGAAAAUAAAUUUUAAAUAUACUGGAGACCUUUUAUUACCCAUCCAAUUUACUAUUUAAGUUUAGAAUUUAAAAGUGGGUUGUGACAUUGUGAUGGUUUAGAAAAGUCAAAUAAAUAAAAGUGAGAAAUAAA